AUGGAAUCUAGUCCUCGAACAGCAUCUAUUAUUGUUAAUGAUCUUGAACAACGUCUUAAAAAUCUUUAUAUGACACGUGUACAUGAUGAACAAACAUUAAAUGAUCUUGAAUCUCUUCUUAUUGAAUGUUCAAAUCAAUUAAAUCAUCUUAUUUCUUCAUCAAAUCCAACAUUAGUUGCAAUUAUUCUUCCAACACUUCUUCAUACAAUAAUAUCAUUAUUAAAAAGUUGUGCAGAAAAAUCAGAUAUAAUUAUAUCAGGAUCAUAUUUAUCACAAGAUAAACUUACAUCAUUAAUAACAAUGACUAAAACAUUACAUAAUCAAAUAAAAGAAUUUGUUAAAUCACCUAUACUUAAAAUAAUUUUAAUGAAAUCAACUCAACAAAGAUAUUUUUGUGAACAAUUACGUCUUGUAUGUGAUUCAAUAGCUAAUACAGAUAUUGUUACAACAUUAAUUUGUCAUAAACUUAUUGUUAAAUUAUUAACAGGAUGUGAUGAACAACAACAAGAAUCACAGGAACAAUUAUUAUCUAGUAAAAUUGAAGAUGUUAAUGAUGGUUUAAUAGUUGCUGUCUAUAGAAGUGUAUUACAACAGAUGGCUACUAUUUGCUCAAAGAAUUUACCAGAUAAAUCAGAUAAUAAUCGAGAAUCUCUAACUACUAAGGUAUUUUUUUUUCUUCUUAUGGUAUUCAUUUAG